AAAAUAUAACGACAACCUUACAAGCUCCGAAGUAGUUUGGACUCUAACCAGCGAACAAAAGGUGUCGGUCUGUGCUAUCAGUAUUAAUCGAGUUUUAUUAGAUACAUACGGACACAUACGGAGACAAACAUACGCACAAAGAAGAUUUUUAAUCAUCAUUUAAAAUAAAUCAAUCCAACGGAAGUGAAAGUAAAAACAAUGUUACCUACGAAUACAUAUUCUUUAAAAGAAGAAUUUAAUAAAAAUCCUAAUCUCAAAGAAUCAGAUUUACAAAUCAUUCGUGAAUGGCUCGAUAAACAGCCACAUUUACCAAAAAUAGAAGAUAUUUAUCUGAUAUUAUUCCUUAAUAGUAAUUAUUAUCAGUUAGAACCAACUAAAACCACGAUCGAAAACUUUUAUACUAUCAGAACUCACGUGCCUGAAUUUUUUAGCAAUAGAGACCCAUUCUUGAAAGAUAUUCGUACACAAUUCAGUGUCACAUCUCACAUCCCAUUAAAGAAAAUGACCAAUGAAGGAUAUCAAAUAAUAUUUGGAAAUAUAAUGGAUCCUGAACCAUCUCAUUAUAUCUUCUGUGAAAGCGUAAAAUAUUUUUUCAUGGUAGCAGAAUUGGCUUAUAUAAAGAUAGGACCAACUAACGGACUAGUUUAUAUUGGCGAUGUACAGAACUUAUCGCUUGGUCACAUAGGACGUAUGAAUCUUAUGGGAUUAAAAAAAUUUCUAUACUUCAUACAAGAGGCAGCACCCAUUCGUUUGAAGCAAAUACAUAUAAUAAAUUCUACACCGGCAAUGGAAGUUUUGCUAAAUAUGUGUAAGCCUUUUAUGAAAAAAGAGUUAUACGAGAUGAUACACUUUUCAAAUUUAAAAAGUUUGGAAAAAUUUUUACCCGUUGAUGCACUUCCCAACGAGGUAGGUGGCAAAGGUGGUAACUUGAAAGAUCUCGUUAACGAACAAACGAAAUUGCUUGAUGAAAAUCGCGAGUGGUUUUUGGAAGAUGAAAUAACGAAACGAGUGAAUGAAUCAUUACGAGUUGGAAAGUCUAAAUUAAGCAAUGACAUUUUCGGCGUUGAAGGAAGCUUCAAGAAACUUGAUAUCGAUUAAAUGAAAUCAUUAAUUAUACAAAAAAAAUAAUGAAUAUGUAUAUUUUAUUGUCGAUCGAUUUUUCAUUCUAAUGAGCUAUAAUAAUAGGUUUCUUUUCUUCAUUAUUU